GAUUGAUUACAGUAUUAAAACAAACAAACAAACAAAAACAGUGAGAGAGGCUACAAGAAAAGACAUGCUGCCCUUAAGCAAAAAAGUGAGUAUAGAGAAUUUCAUAUGUAAUCAUGUGUGGCUGCUGGAGGGACAACAUUUUUCAAGCAAAUUUCUUUUCUUUUUUAAGAGUAUUGUAUCUAUAUACACUAUUAGCAAACCCCUGCACUUUUUAAAGGCAUGAUAAAGGGUGGAUCAAACGUGUGUGGGCAGUGUGUGAUGAGUUAAGAUGUUGGACUUACACAUUUGUAUUUGAUAAUUCCGUGAAUAUUUUGGAAAUUUAUCAGGAAGGCAAGCAGAAAUUAAACACUUUGGGACGUGUUAGCAGAUUAGUGUUACUCUACAUAUAUUCAUAUUUUGAAACUAGACAUUUUCUUUAAAUGGGCAUGUUUUUAAAUGCUUUCUGCAUUCACCUGGGAGGAAAAAAGUUUUAAUCCGAACAGUCGGAGGUGUGAAUAUCUCCUGUGCAACUCCUAUUCAAUAUGACUUCAAUAUGAAAAGUAUUUACUUCUUAAUAGGGUAGUCACACUCGAGCCGGAAUGCCAUCGGAAUAAAAAUUCUUCGUAUAUUCCGGGAUAUUUGAAGUGCAUUCUAAAAAUUCUAACUGCAUUCUGAGUGCAUUCCAAACAUUCAGGCCCAUUCUUGUGGCUGGCCUGAAUGUUUUGCUCAUGAUCAAAACAUUCGAGGUGCAUUCGAAGAGGAGAAAUAUCGAACGGCAUUCAAAGUGUAUUCUAACUGCAUUCUGACUGCAUUCUGAAUAUUCUUACGGCAUUCGAAACAUUCUGAUUGCGUUCGAGGGAAAAAUAGAAAUGGCAAGCCACUUCAAAUCCUGCCAGAAUGUCCCGAAUGUGCCUCAAAUUAGCCGGAAUGCACCUCGAGUGCAUCUCGAUUGCUGCUGGAAUCUGUUUCGAUAUUAAAAUAGUUCAGCUGGAGUGCACUUCGAAUGCCAUCUGAAUAUUUCAAUUGCCGCUCGAAUACAUCUUAAAUGCAGUCGGAAUGUCCCGAUUGGCCCUCGAAUGAGUCCAGACGUGAUUCAGAACACCACCGAAUCGCGUAAAAACGCAGCUAGCUGCCGCUGGAACUUCAAUCUGCAUUGAGGAGUCACCUGCUCAACAUCAACCUUUUGUCCAUUGUUUUAAAAAGUUUAAAAAGUUUCCCAAGUUUCUCAUGUCAUCCCGCCAAGGAAGAAGGGAGCCAAGGUCAAGAACUCCACCACUGGCCGUGGCCAUGGUCGGGUCUGAUACCUUCUGAGUUUUCUCCUCCUAAUGUUUCUUCUCUAAGCCUCCUCCACAUCUCUUUCAAGCAGGUCUUGCUGGAGGACAGCAAUCUGGAGCAAAGCAACAUGGUCCAGGGGGUCCAUACUCUAUGGUGUCUGGGCUAAGACUGAUGAAAAUGCUAGAUUCGGCAGCGUUUUAUACCCUAUCGGGGACCAUUCCGGUGGCAUUCUUGGUACACUCGGGACAUUCGUGUUACAUUCGAAGUACAUUAAUUAGUAUUCAAGCUGCAUUCUCUUUGAAUUCUUAGACGUUCGAAACAUAUUCGGUGGCUAUUCUGGGAGCGUUCUGACUGCAUUUGAGGUGAAUUCAUACAGCAUUCGAGGCACCUUCCAACCCAAUUUCGGGUGGUAUUCGGGCAGCAAUCGAACUGCACUCGUACGGCAUUCGAAGUACUUUCUUAAUAUUCUUACUGCAUUCAAAGAGCAUUAUUCUAGGUAUUCCUACUGUGUUCCAACUACAUUUGAACUGCAUUCGAAAGCUAAUACACCUGGAAUGUGCAAGAAUCAUUUGAGGCAGGUUCGAAGUGCAUUCUAAGUAUUCGAACGGCAUUCUUACAAAGCUGUAAGAAUGUUGGUCAGUUUGAAAUUCCCACCCGAAUGUGGCACGAAUUUUGAAAAAAAAAAAUUCAUUCCGGCCGGUUCUGCUUGAUUCCUGCUAAUUCCAAAUGUGACGGAGGCUUAAGAAUGAGUUUUAGGCAUCCUUUUUAACUUCAGUAUGAUCAUAAAUCCACAUUGCACCAGUGCUGUUUGCUCUGUAUCUGGGUAUCUGUGCUCUUUUCUUUUAUGAGCUCCUCUGGCACUUUCAUCACUUGGGACAAACCAUUUCAUGGGGGCGAUAAAUCCAUCCAUCCAUCAAUUAUCCGUAACCGCUUAUCCUGUGCAGGGUCGCAGGCAAGCUGGAGCCUAUCCCAGCUGACUAUGGGCGAGAGGCGGGGUACACCCUGGACAAAUCACCAAAUCAUCGCAGGGCUGACACAUAUGCCCCUUUUCCACCAAAUCAGUUCCAGGGCUGGUUCGGGGCCAGUGCUUAGUUUGGAACUGGGUUUUCUGUUUCCAGUGACAAAGAACUGGCUCUGGGGCCAGAAAAACCGGUUCCAGGCUAGCACCAGCUCUUUGCUGGGCUAGAGGAAAGAACCACUUACGUCAGUGGGGGCGGAGUUGUUAAGACCAACAACAAUAGCAAGACCGUGAAAGGUCGCCAUUUUUAAGCGACAAGAUAUCAUGGAUGCAGUAAAGCAGCAGUGGUCUGUGGAGGAGACAACCUGUCUCCUAGCGAUAUGGUCCACAGAUGAAGUCCAGGCGAAACUGGAGGGUGCUAUGCGGACCAAGCCCGUAUUACACCAAAUACAAAAAGAGAUGGCUGCGGCGGGGUACGAACGUACUCUCGAGCAGAUCAGCAACAAAUUAAAGAAGCUGAAGAAAGACUACAGUGACCAGGACCUUGGUCGAAGCGGCAACGGGCGGCCGAGGAAGAACCCCCACUUCGAUAUUCUGGACUCGGUCCUCGGCGAUAGACCAACAAAUAACGCCACCGGAGCCUUAAAUUCAGCGACGGCGAUGGUGGACGACACACUGCCGCAAUCAGAGCCUGAGUUGUCCACCAUCGGGGAUGAGGACCUCAUGUCUCCACUCCACUGCAGCUCUCCUGCAUCAUCCAGCAGCUCAGGACAAUCGCAGCAGACCAGACCUGCUAAGAGGAAGCGAGACAGCAACACUGAGCUCCUGGACUACCUUGAGCGGGCGGACGAGAGGUUCCUGCAGCACAGCAAGGAAAUGAACGAUGCCUUGCUGCACAAACUGGAGGCAGACAACAGUGCGUUCCUCAGUAUGAUGGGGCGCAUGGUGUCUGUAAUGGAGGUGCAAGCCAGAAAAUAAAUCACACCACUUUUCUUAUUUUGCACCUUUGCACUGUU